GACAACUCUUCCGCGACCUGCGUCAUCUUCUUCGAUACACCGACCAACUCUGCUCCCUCACUCAUUUCUCUCUUCUGCUCAAAUCUCUGCAUUUUCAUUUUCUUCCCAUGGCCACAACCUCUCCACCCAGUUAGUUUGACGAUUGGCUGGGAAAGAAUUGCUGUCGCAUGUUUUUCCACUCGUAUGUUGUGGUGGUGGUACACGGAAGUUCGUGUUAUUCGGUGCCUUUACUGACCACGUUUCAAUUAACAUCACAUGCAAACUCUUUGCUCUUACGUGUUGGAUUAUAUGUCCAACUUUCUCCUAAUUUUAAAAGCUAACCUACAGGUUUGAUUACGUCAACAAAUGAUUAAUCUUUUCCUGUGUGGCAACCCUUUCUGAGUCAUGCCUGCUAUAAAAAAGUCGGAUUGGGAAUGUUUUCCACAAGUUGAUGAGGCAGAUUGGAAAUCCAGUUGACUUUGAACUUCCUGAUUGGUUUAGUAAAUGGAAGCCUUUGCCGUAUACCUUCAUUAGGCGUAAUGUCUACCUCACAAAGAAAUUUAAAAGACGGAUUGAGGAUGAUGGGAUAUUUUGUUCCUGUAGCCCUACAUCAGGAUCUCCAGGUGUCUGCGAUAGAGAUUGCCAUUGUGGGAUGCUGUUGUCUAGCUGUUCUUCAGGCUGCAAGUGUGGGAUUUCAUGUCUCAACAAACCAUUUCAGCACCGGCCUGUGAAGAAGAUGAAACUGGUCGAGACUGAGAAAUGCGGUUCUGGGAUUGUAGCUGAUGAAGAUAUCAAACAUGGAGAGUUUGUAAUAGAAUAUGUAGGCGAAGUAAUUGAUGACAAAACAUGUGAAGAAAGGCUAUGGAACAUGAAGCAUCGUGGAGAGACAAACUUCUAUCUAUGCGAGAUCAAUCGAGAUAUGGUAAUUGAUGCCACAUACAAGGGUAAUAAGUCGAGAUAUAUAAAUCAUAGUUGUUGUCCCAAUACGGAGAUGCAAAAAUGGAUUAUAGAUGGAGAGACGAGAAUUGGCAUAUUUGCAACUCAAGACAUACAGAAGGGCGAGCAUCUAACUUAUGAUUAUCAGUUUGUUCAGUUUGGUGCCGAUCAAGAUUGUCAUUGUGGUGCUGUUGGCUGCAGAAGAAAGCUGGGUGUAAGACCUACGAAGCCAAAGAUAUCUUCGGAUGCUGCGUUGAAACUUGUAGCUUGCCAGGUGGCUGUAUCUUCACCUAAGCUGAAAGCAAUCUUGUCUGGAAGAGAUGUUAUCAGAAAUGGAACUUUGCAUGUAGGAAGUUCAAAACAGGCACGCAGCCAGCAAGUGGUGCACGCCUAUAAUUGCAUUGGUGAGGUCAUUUGGAUUGCUCGCCCCUUCAGUGGAAGGUCUUUUGGUAUUAUAAAGAGAUUUGAUCAAUAUUCCAGAAAACACUCCAUCAUGUUUGAAGACGGCAAUGUAGAAUUUCUUGACAUGUCAAAAGAGGAUUGGGAAUUCGCAAGGCUGUGAUAAGAGUUGUAGAGGGUAUGCAGAGUGCAGCAUUAACGUGAGAAUCAGCAACAUGAAUACACACAUUCACUUACCUUUUGGGAAACUAAGCAAGGAAGGGCAGAAGGGUUCCUCUCUCAGGCCAUUGUAGUAAGCAAAACUUCUUCUGAUGAUGCUGGACUCUUAAUUGAAACCUGAAAUCUGAAAAAAGUAGAAAGGAAAAGGGUAAAAAAAGAUGAUGAUUGUGAUAUUGUAUUGUUGGUGAGAAUGUUGUAUGAUAUGUAAUACUGUUCUUUUACAUUACAAAAAAGAAUAAGGACUCGCCCAAAUCGACUUGGUUAGGUUAGUAUAGUUUUGGAAUUAUUUUUGAACGGUCUUCUAUUCCUCAUCAUACCAACUGUUGUAAAGUGUAUUGAUUGUGUAGCUCUCUCCCUCUGCCUGUUAAUGUCAUUCAGUGGCAUUGCUUAUUAAUCCAUUCGUAACACAUUUACUACC